AUGCCGACAUUGAAGAUGAAGGUGUUUCACUGGCAGAAGCUCCCCUUCGACGUAGCAAGACACAGUCGCUCCAUGUGGGCCAUGAUGCCAAACAGCAGCAGGGAGCUUGUAGAGCCUGACUACGCAAGCUUGGAGCUACUUUUCUCUGUCCCGCCAACAGCACCUAAGGAGAAAAUGGGGCCAAAAAUAAAGAAAACAAAAGAGAUCACAUUCAUAGAUCCAAAGAAAAGCCUCCUUCUGAGUAUAGUUCUGAAGCAAUUUAAGUGCUCCAAUGAAGAGAUUGUUAACAUGAUUCAGAAAGGGGAUAGAUCCAAGCUGGAUGCUGAGAUACUGAAGCAGCUACUUAAACUGCUGCCUGAAGACCAUGAGAUAAAUAGCCUGAAAUCUUUCAAAGAAGAAAAAUCAGAACUAGCAAAUGCAGAUCAGUUUUAUCUCCAUCUCUUCGAAGUUCCUAGCUACCAGUUGCGGAUUGAAUGUAUGCUGAUUUGUGAGGAAACAACGGUUCUGCUGGAGUGUCUGUGGCCAAAAGCACGAGCUAUCAGGACAGCCUGUGAAACACUUCUUACCAGUCACCGACUGCCAGUUUUCUGCCAAUUGAUUCUUAAAGUUGGAAACUUUCUGAACUAUGGGCGUCACACUGGAGAUGCUGGAGGUUUUAAAAUUAGUGCCUUGCUCAGACUAACAGAAACAAAAGCAAACCAAAACCACAUUACUCUGCUUCACCAUAUUUUGGAGGAGGUCGAAAAAACCCACACAGAUCUGCUGCAGCUUCCCAGCGAUCUUGACUUUGUUUCCAAGGCAGCAGGAAUCCACUUUGAUGUUAUGCGGGCUGAGGCAAGUGCCAAUUUGAAGAAACUGUUGGAAAUAGAGAAGCGUUUAUUUUUGUCAACAGACGAUUUAAAAACACAGCAUGCAAAAUCUCUUCAAGGCAGUCUCGAUGCUUCAAAGGACCUGCAGAAGGAGUUUGCCACCAUUGAAAAGAAAAAGGAAGAACUUGCUGAUUAUCUUUGUGAAGACCGAAAAAAAUUGUCUUUGGAAGAUUUAUUUAGCACAAUGACAACCUUCAGAGAGCUCUUCCUCAAGGCCUUACAGGAAAAUCAAGACAGGAAGGAGCAAGCUGCAAAGUCUGAGAAAAGGAAGAAACAGCUUAAAGGAGAAGAUGCAAAGAGGCUAAAAGGAGAGUAUGGAAAGAGCGGUACAUUAAACAAAAAUUAAUUCUGGUUUUAUUAGCCAGUCUUUUGUUAAUUAGGAUGAAAAUAUCUGUUUAGUUGCAGCUAAUCUAAUACAAUGAGAGUGACUUAGCCAUGGAUGAUGUAGUUGUCAAGCAGAUAGUAUAGUAAGACAUCAAUUUUCAAGUGCAUGUGAAUGCUUGGAAGAAAUCAUGAUAGGGAUGUUAUAAAAAAAGUCACUCCCAACGAGCAAGUUGCUACCAUUUUGCUUAGAGGUGGGUGAUACCCUGCUAUUGCUCUGAAUAGUUGUUUGAAGACUUUUAGGGGCAUAGAAAGUUACACAUACUUGAACUUCAAGCUGCGCUGUGUCACUGUAGUAGGCAAGUUGUGUCACGUGUUACUGUUACCAGAACGUUUGCUUUUUUCUGAUUAGACGUCUGAUUCCUUCAAGCAGUUAUGAGUGUGCUUAAAGGAGCGUCUGUGCUUUGCUGAAGAACAGCUGAUUGACAUAAAUGUAGAAAAGCGUUUGUUGUGCUGGCCUACCUGGCUGUGAAGCGUUUCUAGUGGUAACACUGGCAUGUGUGUAUUUUAAAAUUUUAUUUUGGCAAAUACUUGACAUCGACUUUUCUUGAAGAUUUCUGCCAAUAACAUUUGGUUAUGAUUCUUGAUUCUUCAGAGAACCACUGCAAAAAUGGCAUUAGUAAAUCUGAGUUCGUGUAAAUAUUACACUAGAUGCUUAUCCCUUGGAAGACUUUUUUUCCUUGUAUCUGGUGUCUAAAUAAAUGGCAUUCUUUUAGCUCCUCUUUCACAGUUACUCAUCCUUAGAAAUACAUUUUAAAAAUACGUAAGAUUCACUGAAAACUGACCAAAGCGAAGUUUUCAAUAUUGUCUUGACAAGCUGUACUGCAAAAGUUCUACAUACUUUGCAAUCGUAACAUGCUUAAUGUAAAGCUGCAGAUUAAAACAAUAAACCUUUUUCCUGUAAAUACAGAAAAGUAACUUAGUAUAUGGUAAAAUAAAAUUAUAAAGUGACAUUCAGCAGC